GUGGAAGGGAGAGGGAGAGACAAAGAGAAACAUCAAUGUGAGAGACACAUUGAUUGUUUGCCUUCUGUACGCACCUCGACCAGGGCUGGAGAACCUGCAACCAAGUUCUCCCAGACCACUGAAGCUGAUGAAGAAAUUUUCAGGGAAAUGUUUAGAGGACUGUGACUGUCACUCUGCUCCAAGUUCCCCUGUUUCUGAGGAGCUGGAAGCGCUUAAAGCUCGGGUCUGGGAGAUGGAGGAAAAAGCCGAGAAGCUAAAAGAGCUGCAGAACGAGGUGGAGAAGCAGAUGAAUAUGAGUCCACCUCCAGGCAAUGCUGGCCCAGUGAUCAUGUCUAUCGAAGAGAAGAUGGAGGCUGAUGCCCGUUCCAUCUAUGUUGGCAAUGUGGACUAUGGUGCAACAGCAGAAGAGCUGGAAGCACACUUUCAUGGCUGUGGUUCAGUCAACCGUGUUACCAUACUCUGUGACAAAUUUAGUGGCCAUCCCAAAGGGUUUGCAUAUAUAGAGUUCUCAGACAAAGAGUCAGUGAGGACUUCCCUGGCCUUAGAUGAAUCCCUAUUUAGAGGAAGACAAAUCAAGGUAAUCCCAAAACGAACCAACAGACCAGGGAUCAGCACAACAGACCGGGGAUUCCCACGAGCCCGAUACCGUGCCCGGACCACCAACUACAACAGUUCCCGAGCUCGAUUCUACAGUGGUUUUAACAGCAGGCCCCGGGGUCGUGUCUACAGGGGCCGGGCUAGAGCGACUUCAUGGUAUUCCCCUUACUAAAAAAAGUGUGUAUUAGGAGGAGAGAGAGGAAAAAAAGAGGAAAGAAGGAAAAAAAAAAAGAAUUAAAAAAAAAAAAAAGAAAACAGAAGAUGACCUUGAUGGAAAAAAAAA